AGUCUGUCUGUCGUGUUUCGCAGGUUUGCCAAGGUUUGUCUGAAGAAGGAUUAUAAACUUUUCAUGGGAAACUCUGCACGGUGCAUUCAGUGAGAUGGCAUCGGACAGCGAGGUAAAAACUCUACUGAACUUCGUUAACCUGGCUUCGAGCGACAUCAAAGCGGCUCUGGAUAAAUCAGCUCCUUGCCGCCGGUCAGUUGACCACAGGAAAUAUUUGCAGAAGCAGCUCAAGCGGUUUUCUCAGAAGUACUCACGGAUCCCACGGUGUCACCACCCCAGCAAACCCCCUGAGUGCGGCUGGCGCAGGGGCGCUGAGGACCGGGCCCGCGGCCCCCUGCCCGAGGCACCCGAGCCCAGCUCCCACGGCGGGGCUGCCGCCGAGAAGGUGAUGCAGACAGCCGAGGCAGAGGAGAGCCUCACCGGGGACCGGGUUUUGCAGGAACAAAAGCCCGAGGCUGCCCGACCGGACCAGGUGCCCAUGAGGAAGCGACAGCUCCCCGCCUCCUUCUGGGAAGAGCCGCGGCCGGCCCAGAGCCUGACAGCCAGAGCCUUUCCUGCCAGCCCUGAGGGGCUCCAAGCCCCCAGAGACCCUCCUCCCUAUGAGGGGAAGAAAAGCAAGAGGAGCCCGGACGCUGCGGGCCCGGAGAGCCCCCCUGACACUGCGCCACAUGUCGGGGAGAAGGACCCCGCCGGGCCGCUCUCGGGCCGAGUGGGUGCUUGGACCUGCUGCCCCUUCCCCUGCCCCGGGCCAGGCGUGUUCCAGCCCCCGGGAGCGCUGCCCCCGUCGCCCUUCCCGGGGCUGGGGCUGUGGCGGAAGAGUGCGGCCCCGCUGCCGGCCGAGGUGCCGCACUUCUGCAAGGAGGCCGAUGGCCCGGGACAGAAACUCUACAGGCCCAUGGUUCUGAAACCCAUCCCCACCAAGCCCGCCAUCCCCCCACCCAUCUUCAAUGUUUUUGGCUAUCUUUAGCGGGGCGGGUGCCGGAGUCAUGCCGAACACGACAGCUCCUGAGGGGGAUUUGAAACGCCCGGUCAGCCUUCGGGCAUGAGCCGCUGGCAGGGGAAGGAGGCCGGCGAUCACACCCUCAGCCUCGUGGGCGGGCUGGAGGGAAUAAAUAACUGCUGGGAAGGUACUUGGGCUGCGCUCUCCCCUCCGUACAUGGGGGCAAAUCGGCAAUAAACCUUGCCAAGCCGGUGGCAUGCAGCAUGAGGCGCACCAGGUCUCUUUCAUCGAUGGGCAUUGUCUGAGCCGCGGCGAGCGGGGCUGCGGGCCGUUCAUAGCCGCACUUGUAACACCUACGAGACCUCCUCCACGUGGGAACAUCUUUUUGGGGCUGCCCUGCGGCAGCAGCAGCGAAAUGGAAUAAAUUAAAUGCAUUCAAAGAGUUUUUUGUACUUUAAAGUAAUUCCAGAGAAGUCAAGAUAUUCAGGUCAUUUCGUUUUGCAUGCAAGAGACUGGAAGGACGGUAUUUGAUAUAGAAACCACUUGUGAUUGAUUUAAACUCGUGUUGUAUGUAAAUACUGAGAGAAUUAAAAGAAAAAAAAAUAAGGGAAGAAAGAAGGUAAUUUUAUUUUGGUGAUUCUGCAAGUACACUCUUUAGUUUUGCCCCACUGGUGGGGAGAUACGAGGGCUGAAAUCUGCCUAUUCGGACUGAUAUAAAUCAGAAGUAAUUCUUCUGGGGCUAGGAUGUUAGCUAGUGCUAAGCUGGUGCAAAUGGAAGCAGGAUGCAUUUCCACAUCAGGCAUUGACCUGCAUCAACAUAAUAAAUGAGGAAUUGUAUUAGUUUAAUACAAAACCAUGAGGUAUGAUGGAAGAAAAAGGAAAGAAUGGACUACCUUGAUUUCUGGUUGAGAGACAUCUUUUAUUUUGCCUGAUUUUAAGAUGAUAUCACAAGACCUGGCUGUAAAUGUCUUGCCUAGUAUUUUCCUAAUUUUUUUAACAAAUUGGCAUUGAAAAAUUUAUUAAGAAGUGUUUUUAAGUUAGGUUUCUCUAAACCCAUGGAGAAAGUGGUACUAAGACACAGAACAUGAGAUAUGAGGUGUUUAAGGCUGCAGGUGUUUGUAUCUAUUUGGUUAUACUGGAGUAAAUCACUGAAGUCAAGAGCAGUAUAUUUUGGGAGGAAAGAGGGACAAAGAAAGGACAUCCAUGACCUCCCAGGGCUUGAACCUGCUGUUGCUGAAGCUAAUGGGAACUUCUCCCAGGACUCAAUAGAAAGUGGCCUUGAUUGGUUUGGUCUCUGACUGGCAUAGCUCUCUAUGACUCCUGGUAUCACUACAAGGGGAAAACCAGAAAACACUUCAUUUGAGUGCAUUGCAGUCAUUAAAAAAAAUAUCAUCUGAAGCAGUUGUAGACUAUCAUUUUUGUAUCUUCUGAUGGCCUUGGUAUUAUAUAACCUCUUUGCAACUUUUAUUUGGAUAUGAACUACCACUGGCAUUAGGUCAGUUGGUUAGAGCCUGGUGCUAAUAAUGCCAAGGUUGUGGAUUUGAUCCCUGUAUGCCAUUCACUUAAGAAGUGGAUUUGAUGAUCCUUGUGAGUCCCUCCCAACUUAAAAUAUUCUGUGAUUCUACUCCCAGGCUAGAAGUGGUUUACUCUUUCCCCAAACCUUACAUAUCCCACCAAUGUUCACUUUUAUGGAAACAAUGUCUGUAAUGUGUUUGUAGUCCAGGUGAACUGUAGAAAUAGAGAUGGAUUUCAUUGCUUUCUCCCUGCAAUGGCACUUGAUAUGUAUCAAGCUAGUAUGGACUAUACAUGUAGGAGAGAGAGCAGGAAAUGUCUUUGGUAGCACAUACCUGUAGCUACAUGAAAGGCAUGAGGUGCUUAAGAGCUAAUCUAGGGGCUAAAGAUGUCAGGUUAGCUCUUGAUCCAGAACUGAAGAUAGGAACAUACUUAAAUGCCUUUCCCUUUUUUGGAAAAAAAUCAAUGAGGAAACUCCAGAAGAAGAAUAACAGAAACCAGAGCCAUUGAAGUUAAAGGUAGGAGAACAAGGGCUUUUAAUUUACAGACCUGUAGACAAGGAAUUUUUUUACACGGAAAUGGGUUUUUUUCCCUCACAUAAGUAGCUCUGUGUCCUGCUGUAAUCCAGACGCAGCCAGAUGCUGAAAUCUGUUUCAGUUCUAUCAAUGCAGAGCCGUCUCCUUGGCAUUGGUCUGGAUUUGCAUCUGGGUGGCCAGACCAGGUCAUGGAAUGAACUACUGGCAUUGCAGUAGUUGCUGUGCUCAAGUGUUGCUCCUUGAGUUCUUUAGAGAAAUUUCAUAGUGCUGUGGAUCACACCAGAAUAAGGAUUUCUAUAAAAAUUCAAAAUACUUGGCAAAGUGGAUAGCCUCUGUAUAAAUUUUAUUUCUGAAGAAAUCCAGAGAAAGAUGAGAGUUACAACCUGUCUUUUGAAUAUUUAAUUCUUAAUUUUAUUUUUCCCUUCUUUAAAACUCUUUAUUAUUUGAAUGUAUAUUGCUGCAUAUUUUCCAUAUAGUAGAAUAGUGUUUUAAAGUUAUGAUGAAGGAUUGAAACAGUCCAUUCUAAAUGACCUCAGACUCAAAUACUUAUGCUCCUACACUCAGAUUUAAACUAAUAUUACUUUUUCAAAAUCCUUUGUGACAUGGAAGUUCCCCCCCACCCCAGCCCAAGGCAGGCAGUGGCCCUUGCUGGGGCUUUGAACUGAAGCAGCAGUGAAGUAAAACACAAAUGAACAGAAGACAAUUGUUAAGUAUAUUCAAAAUCCCUGAAUGGGGAUGUGUGAGACUUUCCAAAAGGUUUGCAAAUAAUAGCAACUCUGCCUCCUCUCUAGCAAUAUUUACUGUUCUCUCAUCCCUGAGAUUAACAACAGAAUGAUUAAUUGUUCAAGCUUGGAUUGAUUCAAAUUUUCCUGGAUAUUUUUGUGUUUGGCUGGUCAAUGGUUGAUGUUGCUAUUCAGGACAGCUGAUAGUCCUUAAGAAUAUACUUGUUUAUUCAUACUUUGUUUGAAAGAUGGAAACAUAACAUUUGAGAGCUGCUAUUUACUAAAACAGUGCAGAUUUAAACUUUAAAAAACACAAUAGCUUUUAUAAAUAAUGGGAAGGGAGAGGUAAAUGAAAAAAACUUUUAUACAAAAUGAAAUUU